AAAUCAUGGGCAGACUAUCCCACGACUCCUCCAGCCCGAGAUCGUCCAUCGACACCACUUUGAACGGCGAAGGCCUACCCCUCUACUCCGACAUCACCGUAACCUCACCCAGCGCGCUCACCGCACCCAGUGAAAAAGCCACACCAGACGAGGUCCGCGAAUUUCUCGUCCAACUGCUCACGCAAAACAGAGGAUUGCAUCCAGACCAUGCGAGACGUGUAGCCGCAAAAUGGACUCUAGGCACCGGUCGCGAAUUAACUAGCUAUCCACCCCAGCUGUACGCCGAAAUCUUUGGAUUGGAAGAUGCCUGGAUGGUAUACAAAGAAGCCAAACUCUUCAUCCGCACGGAANAGAAGAAGGGAAAGCCAAAAGAUAUUUGUAACUCGACGUUUUUCUUGACCGACCUCGAUGAUCACACUGUCAUAAAAAUCAUCUCAGCCUUUGUGAGCUUGGUGUCAGGGUUUAUCUUUGCCUGUACCUUGCUCGUCGCCGUCUUUGACAAUACGAGCGAGGAAACAAAGAUCGAGAACGAGUUGACCAAUGGCUUGAAGAAGAGCAAGGAC